GCGCGGGCCAAUGGGAACGGAAGGCCGGUCUCCGGUCCGCUCCCGCCUCCUCUGCGCUCCGGUUCCUCUUCUUGCUUUCCGCAACACGUCGCGUUUUGUUUUUCAUCACAGGUCUCUUUCUCUUUUUUUUCUCCCUCUUCGUCCUCCUCCUCUUCCUCCUCCUCCUCCCCCUUUUCCUUUUCUCGGUACAUGGCGCAGAGGAGCCGCGCGAGCCGGUCGCCUCGUGUCCGUCCAUCACCGGGCGUCGCGGAUUUGGAUGUAACCGCGCGAGAGGAGAAAAAUCGGCGGUAAGACCGGCAGCUCACCGGGCGGGAAGGCGCGCGCCACCGAACCUCCUACCUUUCCAUCCAUCCUUACCACCUUAGCUUCAUCAAUCCAUCCUUUCACCGACCGUGCAUCUCUCUCUCUCUCUCUCUCUAUCUCUCUCUCUCUCUCUCUAUAUAUAUAUAUAUAUAUAUAUUUAUAUAUAUAUAGCCAUCUCUCCAUCUCUCUCUCUCUCCGUCCAUGUCGCGCGAUGCCGCACGCGGAUACCGUUCCCGUUUUCGGAGGACAUUUUCGCAGCGCUAGGAGCCACCUAUGGAAACUGGGGAUCAAAAUUUUAGGAAGAAAGGAAAGAGGAUAUCAGCCGGGUCUUCCUUUGAUUUUAUUCCAUUUUAUUUCCCCUUUCAUCUGUCUAUUGGUUGAUUGAUUGAUUGAUUGAUCGAUUCUGAUUGGUUGCUUUUUCUCCCUCGUGCGUUCGCUCCCUUUUCUAAUUUGUGACACUGAUGUCACCGACUUCUUCUUCUUCUUCUUCUUCUUCUUCUUCUGCACACCACUUCUUCCCUUUAGUCCGCUUCUGGAUUCAUUUCAAAUCAUCCACCAGUUUAUCCUGCAUCUUCCAUCCCUUUCUUUGGGCUUUCUUUUUCUCCUCAUUCGAACCUGGGUACUUAGUUUAAGUAAGGUGUGUGUGUGUGUGUGUGUGUGUGUGUGUGUGUGUGUGUGUGUUAGACAGUUCUGCUGCUCUUCAGCUCCACACUUCUUGUGAAACGUUACAUACAUAGAUAUAGAAAGACUGAGGGCAAAGCGUCCCUGUGUUCCUGAAGCAUCCCUCCUCCACCCUCAUUUCACGCCAACAUUUCAUCCUUGCAUUCCUCGGGAGUGCUGUAUCUAACACCUUUAACACAUCGUAGAGAACGAGACGAGCUCAGAACCUGCGAAAGGAUUUAACACACAUAUAGACCGUAUUAGUCAGUGCGCUCAUCACAUGCAAGUUUCAGAUCAACGUCAUGCCAUUAAAGGCCCUAUAAGCAAAUCUGACGAUAGAUUAGUACAUGUAUUUGGUGUUUGAUUAACGGUACAGACUUCUGCUUCUGUAGCUGGUCUUAUCGUACAGAAGGAGCAGGAGUAAGAAGCACAGCACUAGCCGAAGCGGCUUUUCCAGAUUUCUCCCCUAAUCAGUACUCGUACAAACGCAACCAUAAGGUUCCCGGUGCGUCCGCCUCCUUCCCCCUCCUUCCGCUCCAACCUGUCCCGUUUUUUCCAUUCGGUCCGCUCCCCUCCGUUCUCCAAUAUUUAUUUCCUGUACGUGAAGAGGACAGGGGGUCCCCCCGUCGUGCAAUGCAGCAGCAUGGGCACGUUUGACCGCGGCGUGCAGAUGCUGCUGAGCACGGUGGGCGCGUUUGCCGCGUUCAGCCUCAUGACCAUCGCCGUGGGCACAGACUACUGGCUGUACUCGCGCGGCGUCUGCAAGAUCAAGACAACCAACGAGAAUGAGACCAGCAAGAAGAACGAGGAGGUCAUGACCCACUCGGGCCUGUGGAGGACGUGCUGCUUGGAGGGAACCUUCAAAGGACUGUGCAAGCAGAUCGAUCACUUCCCGGAAGACGCCGAUUACAAAGCAGACGCCUCCGAAUACUUCUUACGUGCUGUGAGAGCGUCCAGCAUCUUCCCCAUCCUCAGCGUGAUCCUGCUCUUCAUGGGAGGCCUGUGUAUAGCUGCCAGCGAGUUCUACAAGUCCCGCCACAACAUCAUCCUCAGCUCCGGGAUCCUCUUCGUCUCGGCAGGUCUCAGUAAUAUCAUCGGCAUGAUCGUGUACAUAUCGGCGAACGCAGGCGACCCCACCAAGAGCGACUCGAAGAAGAACAGCUACUCGUACGGCUGGAGCUUCUACUUCGGCGCGCUGUCCUUCAUCAUGGCCGAGAUGGUGGGAGUCCUGGCUGUGCACAUGUUCAUCGACCGGCACCGGGAGCUGAGAUCAGGCGUGAGGGCCGCCGAUUACCUGCACAGUUCAGCCAUUACACGGAUCCCCAGCUAUCGCUACCGCUACCGACGCCGCUCACGCUCGAAUUCUCAGUCGCGCUCCUCGUCGCGCUCGACGGAGCAUUCGCAGUCACGCGAAGCCUCCCCGGUCGGUCUGAAAGGCUUCGGCACCCUGCCCUCCACCGAGAUCUCCAUGUACGCGCUAAAGGGGGGCCACGGCACCCCCACGGCCACCUACAACUCGGACAGGGACUUCCUCCAGGUCCACAACUGCAUCCAGAAGGAGCCGAAGGACUCGGCUCACGGAAACUCAGCCAACCGACGCACCACGCCCGUAUGAGGACCCCUAUCCCCGGUGAAAUAAACACGACAAGGGGCAGAAAGUUCGGGGCCCUGAAGUUUUACCUGCUCAAAUUUCAUGUCUCAUGAUUAGGAAGAGCUGGGCGGAGUUCUUGUUCUUUUCCACAGUAUGUCACGUUCGCAUGAUUUUUUCCCCUCCCCCGCCAUUUUAUCUUAGAUUAAAAGCCAGCUCGGGUGUGUGAAUUUAGGUGUGUUAUUGAACACGCUGGCGCUGAAUUUUAUUACCGUUCCUAACACGCCCUCGUCGACGUUCCCUUAGAAGAGUGGCCACUUGCAGUGACAUUUUCAAGAGGAAAACACUCGACCUUGGCGUUGAAACAAUCUCCGAGGCAAUUAUCUUUUUUUUCUUCUCUUUUUUUUUGUUUUUUUUUGUUUGUUUUUGACCUAUGAGUCAUAAUGGCUUGCUAUUUCGCUAGUAACACAGUAGCAGUUUCGUUGGCUGUCAGUGCAGGUGAAGAACUUGGAGUAAUCCCAGUUUGAUAUUACAGAUGGUGUUCAUUUUUUUAAAAAUUAGAACCUUAAACGCAGCAUCGUCCACCAUUUCCUGGGAAAGCUCCUGAAAUCUACUCCGGAGAUGAUCCCCUCAUCUAACGAUCCUCACGUGACAGUCCGUACGGGAUCCGUCGAGUUUGUCUGUGACCGUUGCGUCCAAAAAAAUGCUCGAUUUUGCCGCGUUUUUCUUUCUUUCUUUCUUUCUUUCUUUCUUUUCUUCAAAAUUCGUGAUGCGAUUUGCAGAGUUUUUUUUUUCUUUCUUUUUCUUUUUGCGGAAAACUAGUCGAAUUGGCGAGAUCGCAAUCGAAAUAGUCUUUCGCAGCGAUGUCUGACGGGUAAAUGAGACCUUUCAGCUGUCCUCACGUUCCACGCACGUGAAUCGAAGAGGGCUCUGGUCGAACGCACGUUGGGACGACGUCACGUGACGCGUCUCGGCCCGGAUCGGCGGAAGACUUGCUGUAAUUUUUUGACUUUCGCUUAUAAGAUAUUGUACUGGCUCUUAAGGGGAAAAAAAAAAAACGUGAAAGGAAGUCGAUAAGGGCGUGUUAAAGUGUGGUAUUGAAACAAGGCCCAGGGUAAAAACAAAAGCUUGUACUUUCUUUUCAACUCGUACGUAUUGAUUUGAUCAGUCGCGAUAUUGUUUGCUUUUUAUUUGUUUGUUUGUUUGUUUGUUUAUUUAUUUAUUUGUUUGUUUAUUUAUUGCAUAAAAACUGUGAAACACCGCAGUAGGGAUUUCGGUAAGGAAUAGCCCAGACUGCAAACAAAGCGAUACAUUAUAUAUAUAUAUAUACAUACAUGCAUAUAUAUAUAUAUAUAUAUAUAUAUAUAUAUAUAUAUAUAUAUAUAUAUAUAUAUAUAUAUAUAUAUAUAUAAUGUAUUAAUUUUCUAACUUAUUUAAAGACUUUUCUGAAGUGCAAAAAAAGUAACAAAAAACAGACAAGAAGCGCAAAACUGGCGGGCGAUGAGAAACCGGAAGCGAUGUGAACAGGAAGUAAAAGCGAAACAAAAAAAAAACAAAAACAAAAAAAAAACAACAACAACAAAAAAAAAUAUUUUCCACCACAAAAGCUGCUGGAACAAAGAGACACUUUUGACUUUCCACGAAAAAAUCUAUUCUUUUAAAAACGAACCUUCUCAUCUUUUGCUCCGUCCCUGUCCGCUUUCUUUCUUUUUUUUUUUCCCUCCUCCCUGUCGCCUUCAGCAGGACAGAGUUAAAGGCAGACGCUGAAGGGGAAAGGUCAGAGGUCAACUGAGGGACUCCAGGAUCCACUGCCAAGAUGGAGGAUGGAAGAAAAAAAAAAAAGCGAGGUGGAGAGGGCGAGGAAAAAAAAAAGACGAGGAUGCCGAACACUUAAUAAAUCCUUGCGGGGAAAAAAAAAAGAAAAGAAAAAAAAAAGAAAAAAAAGCAAGUGACGUAACGGACAGCGAAAACGUUACGAGACGUGAAGCGAAGUAACUAAUACAGAAAUUAAAUGCAUGCUAUAAAUUUACAGAAAAUCUGCUCUUGAGACAUUUUAAAGGAUAACAGUAAUCAUAACGGGGGGGGGGGGGCGAUGCUAAAAACAUUGAUGUGUACCUUUCUUUUCUUUCUUUUUUUUAAAAAUCCAACUCAUUAUACAGCUUUUGGUAACAAAUCGACCUACAACAAUCUCUGAGGGGUUUUUUUUUUGUUGUUGUUCUUCGUUCUUUCUAAGUAAAUGUUUCUAAGUAAAUUUCAUUUUGGAAAUCACACAGCCUUAGCCAUGCUUUCUUUUUUUUUUCCUCUUCUUCUUCUUCUUCUUCUUCUUCUUUUCCUUUUCUUUAAAAUAAAUUUCAGUGUGUUGUUUCAAAUGAACUCUAAAAAGGUGCCAAAAACAGAAUGAUCCUCGACUUGGAUGCAUCGAGUUCUGACGAAUAAAAGACGAACCCCAGGGGGAACCAA